CUGCAUUUUAUGGAAAGGAAAUCGAUAUUUUGGGUUUUAACGGGCUUGCUGAGGUGUUAUCUGGGUUUCGGCUUGCAUGCAAAUGCUGCGGCCUAUGUUCUACUUUUGUUUAAGGUUUUUGGUAUCUUUGAUGGUGACGGUGCUUUUCAGGUUGACGGAAUUCUUAAUUACUGAAGAUUUUCUGGCUAAUCUUGAUUUUAUCCUUGAGGGAUUUCGCAAAGGUCGCUUCUCUGUUGCUAAGAAUCAUGAUCCUAGCUGCAGAGCUUUUUGUGGAGACAGAUUUUCUCUUGACAUAGGGAGUAUUCAUGGCGGGCAAGAUGAAGACGUCUCUGCUUUCCAUCUUCUUAGAGAAUCAAGAACUCCGAGGAGAAUCCAUAUUCAACACGAUGAAGUUUGCAGUACUACCUGUUGCAAAGGUUUUCACAAUGUGCUUUAUGGGUUUUCUCAUGGCCUCCAAUUAUGUCAAUAUUCUUUCUACCAAUGGCCGUAAGCUUCUUAAUGGGCUAGUCUUCUGUCUUCUGCUUCCCUGUCUAAUUUUCUCUCAACUUGGUCGGGCAAUUACAUUUCAAAAAUUGCUGGAAUGGUGGUAUAUUCCUGUCAAUGUUGUCAUUGGUUCAAUAUCAGGUUCCCUGAUUGGUUUCAUUGUUGCUGCUGUAGUCCAGCCUCCAUAUCCGUACUUUAAAUUCACCAUCGUACAUAUUGGUAUAGGGAACAUUGGGAAUAUACCACUGGUCUUGAUUGCAGCUCUAUGUCGAGAUGAGUCCAACCCAUUUGGAGACCCUAAUAAAUGUAAUGAAUCAGGAAAUGCUUAUAUUUCAUUUGGUCAAUGGGUUGGUGCAAUUAUUGUUUAUACUUAUGUAUUUCAGAUGCUUGCUCCACCAAAUGGAGAAACCUUUGAUAGUGCUGAAGAGAAAGAACCUCCAAACAAGGAUCCUGCUGCCUAUGGGAAGCUUCCAUCUAAUGCUUUUCUUCCUAAUGUUGAGAAAAGAUCAAUCAAGGUUUCUUUUAAAGACGACAAACCUGUACGAGUUCCCUUGUCACCCUCAGUGGAGUGUGAAAUAGUUUCUUCAACUAGUAGCAAGGUGUUUGCCAAAAUACUCAUCAUUUUGAAUGAGUUAAAACAGCCUCCCAUAAUAGCCUCUGCAUUAGCAAUCUUUUGUGGUACCAUACCAUUUUUAAAGCGCCUAAUCCUUAAAGAUGAUGCGCCCUUCUUUUUUCUCACGGACAGCUGCCUCAUCCUUGGGGAAGCAAUGAUUCCUUGCAUUUUGCUGGCUUUGGGCGGUAAUCUUAUUGAUGGUCCAGGUGUUGGAAGUAGAAGGCUUGGCUUCCGCACAAUGGCUUCCAUAGUAUUUGCACGCUUGGUCCUUAUUCCUCCUGUAGGCCUCGGCAUUGUCACUUUGGUUGACAAGCUUGGGUUCAUCCCAAAUGGUGACAAGAUGUUUAAAUUUGUUCUUUUGCUACAGCACACAAUGCCCACUUCUGUGAUCUCUGGUGCUGUUGCAAAUCUGCAAGGGUGUGGGAAGGAAGCUGCUGCCGUCCUGUUCUGGGUUCAUAUAUUUGCAGUAUUUUCCAUGGCUGGAUGGAUUAUUCUAUAUUUGGCGAUACUCUUCUAAAAGUCCUAUAAGCUUCUUAGUAAGAUUCUUGCAUAAAGGGCUCAUUAUUUUGAUAAUUUACAUGAAACGCAUCCACUCUUCUUGUCUUUGAAAGUCAUGUCUGCACAGAGAAUUGGCUCUGGGAAAGGAUAAGUGGGAAUUUGUUGAAGAUAGUAUGAUAUAAUGUUACUCAUCUGAGUUUAUGAAAUAUGCUAACAAGUAUGAUUUCCAAGUUUGUUUUAUUUAGAUUCUAGUAUUGAUAAAGGAGCUAUUAGCUGGACUUCCGCUUCUGACAUCUUAUCAACUCUAAUGGAAGGUUUACAUUCAUACCACAUA